AACGCAGGGCUGUGUGUAGCUGGAGAGAGUCGCUGUGGCGAUGCCGAGCCCCAGAUCAGCCGGACGGAUCUCUGCUGCACACGCAGUGUAUGCGCCGUCAGCACAGAGGACUACUUCACCUACGGUGUAGACAAACACACGGGCAGCUCUGUGUAUCGAGGAUUUGGAUUUUAACUCUCAUUGCUGUGACGGAACUUUACGCAGGGAAACAGCAGGUGAGUCUAGGAAGCUACACCUGACGAAUAAUUCUCCAAACCAGUUUCUAUUCUCCUCCCAACUCCACUUGUUGAUGGGGCACUAACAGGCUAUCCCAGCUGUCACACCACGGAGAUAUUCUUAUGCGUAAUUUGGAUAAAAACCCUGUCGGACGGCAGGGAGAAGGAAGUUUGAGCCUGUGAGGUUUUGUGGCAGAUGGUGGUGAUGUUUGGCGAGCGGUAACAGCGCUCGGCAUCAGAUCGUAUUACACAGGCUGCUACCUGAGGUGAGGAGCGGCAUGGGGAACCAGAUGGACAAGCUGUCACAUUUAAGUUACGCAGAAGUUCCCACAGUGGACCCGAACGGAGUGGACACGGAGGACGGUCCACGGAUUGGCGUCUCGUACAUCUUUUCAAACGACGACGACGAGCUGGAGGAUGGCUGCGCGGUCGAUGGCACCGAUAAGGACCCGAAUCAGGAAGAGAAACAAUACGACCAGCGCGACGAGGUGGAGUGCGCCGUCUAUAACAGAGAUGAAUGCAUUUACGAGAAGAGCGUCAAGUCUGCCAGCCUGGAGGUUUACUCCCCGGAGAAUCUACUCAACAAAUGCAAAGCGGGGGACCUGGUGGAGUUUGUGGCAACGGGUCAGUUCCCGCACUGGGCUGUGUACGUGGGAGACUUCCAGGUGGUGCACCUGCACAGAGCUGAGGUGAAAAACAGCUUUUUGACAGACGCCAGUCAGGGAAGGAGGUGUAGGAUUGUGAACGACUUGUACAAAUUCAAAGCUCUGGGUCCGGACGUGGUGGUGCAGAACGCGAUGGAGCAAGUGGGCUUAAAGGACCGAGAGCUGAGCUGGAGGAACUCCGAGUGCUUUGCCGCCUGGUGCAGGUUCGGCAAGAGGGAGUUCAAAAUGGGCGGGGAGAUACGGAUAGGCAAGCAGCCCUACAGGUUGAAAAUCUUCAUGUCGGACAAACACUCGCACGUGUUGGAGUUUCAGAGUUUGGAGGACAUGAUCAUGGAGAAGAGGAGGAACGAUCACCUGGGCAGGACAGCCGUGUUGCAGGAGCUGGCCACUCACUUCAGCAGCGUGGAGGAGAUAAAAAGUGAGCCAGGCGCAGACUGAUGGCUGCCCUUUGGAUGCUCUGCAGAAUAAUUGCUUUGCAAGUAGAGUAGCCUUUACCAAACAUGAACUGUCACACCCUGCUUUAAUCUAUAGCAAGCCUUCUCCUUCUUUUUAUUUCUAACUGGAGCACACAUGUCAUCAUUUCUACUUGGACAUUGCCAUUUUAAAUGUGUAACACAAUGUCAAUGCCUUAAAGCCACAGCCAUCCUCAGAUGCUAAAUGGCCUUAGCAAUUAUGAAUUCAAUUAUCUGGGAGGAAUUAAAUUGAUUAAAUUAGCUGUUUGUAGCUCUGACAGCCCCUCCACACAGAAUGUAUAGUUUUAUACAGAGCUUUACACACCAGACUGUCCCGUUCCUGUAAGUAGACUGAAUGUUUCUCUAUUCAUAGUGUGUCCUGUUACUUGAUCCUUGUGUGGUUUAACUUCAUCCCUCAGCUCGCCCAGACAGCGUAGUGUCAGAGCUGCUCACUGAAUACAAGAAGGAUCCUUUCUGCCUUUGAGGGUAAUUCUCACACCAGCACAUGUCGACAUGUCGGGGGGGGGGGG